UUUUUUUGGUAGCUUAGCAGGACUCGUUCUUUUUUAUGAGCUAAAGAUUGUGUAGAUGCCAGACUGUGGAGCGGGUUGAAACGAUAACAGGGUUCACCUUACGGCCUACAUAAUUCUACAAACAAUUUCACUGUUUGCAGGCUACAGUAUGAAUGUGGCCAUGAACAAGACAUCAGUGUGUUCCACUUCGACUAGGAAGUGGAAUACACUUCCUUCAUUAAAAACCCGUUUGUAAAAGAUCGAGUUUUGUCGUGUGUGAGCAGAGUGAGUGAGCUGACAAUGUGACAAUUAACAGACUUUUCUUCAAUGACUGAGUAUGUUACUAAAUUCAGACAGUUCCUGACCGUAUAACUCACUGAUUAAAACUCACGGACACGGCAGCGGUAUCUAAGCUUAACUAAAGGUCCCCUACGCGAAAUGCUUUCAUUCUAUGUAGCCUACAUGCGAGCUCCACUCGAAAAUGAAAGUGAUGACUAUUACACUGUAAAGGAGGAGUAGCUAUGUGUUAAAAACAAUUUCAUACCACCCAUUACGAGGGCGUGAAAACGAAGACAAACGCUUUGUCACUUCUACGUAGGUCUGAGAAAGAGAUAAUGUCUCUCAAACGAGAAAUAGACAGUCCUAUCAUAGACUUUCCACCUGAGAAGAGAGUCAAGUCUGUGGGAGUACAAAAAAGCCCCAGAGAAGAAUGUCUUGCAUUCCCAAGUGUCAAGCAGGAGAUUGUAGAGUCUCCUGAUCCCAGGUGUAUGUCCACCAAGAGCAACAUAUCAAUGGAUAAAUCAUUUCACAAAGGAGAAAACCUUCCCUCCAUUAAGGGUAUUAAACAGGAAGGAAAAGACAAUCCUAUGUCCAGUGGGAGAUCUGUGACAAGUGACAAAUCAAAGGGCACACCACUAGACUCAAGAGCAAGAGGCACUCUUCCGGGAACAAGUGCUCAGGCUUACACAGAGCCCAAGGAUAUGGUCUGUGAUUUCUGUCUGAACCAGAAGGUCAAUGCAGUGAAAACCUGUCUCACCUGUAGCUGCUCCUACUGUGAGGUCCAUGUCAGGCACCACUAUACAAUUCCAGCACUGCAGAAGCAUGUCCUGGCUGAGGUGUCUGGGGAUAGAGGUCACAUGCACCAGGACCAGAGAGGUCACAUGAAUCGGGACCAGAGAGGUCACAUGGACAAGGACCAGAGAGGUCACAUGGGAACAGCUGGUACACCACGGACUAGCAGAGUGGUCAGCACAUACACUAGUGAAACUGUGAGAUUAUCACAAAAAUACCCUAAGAAGAAGAAGUCAGGUUUGAGUGAGCUGGAGAUGAUACAAAAUCGAAUCAAAAAGUUGGAAAAGAAGAACCGUAAGCUGAAAAACAUCUCAAAGAUUAAGUCAAACCUGGAAAAAGAGGUCAUUCAACUCAAACUUGAAAAAGAUGCGCUCAAAAAAGAGAAUACUAAACUGAAACAGGAGGCCAGUUUUGGGAGUUUGCUGAGGAACAUAAAUAUGUCUAUCCAGGAAUGUACUGGACGGGCUUGCUUGCAGAAAGAAAGAGGGAGUAGAACAAAUCCGAGGGAUGUGGAUGAUUAUUCUCGAUCUGGUGAUGGAGAAGGGUCCGAAGAGGAUGAUUCUCAAUCAGAGGAUGGAAGAGAAGGAUUUGAAGAGGAAUAUUCAAGAUCAGAGGAUUUAGAGGCAUCACAGGAUGAGUCAGAAGAGGGAUAUUUGAAUGAAGAGGAGAAUGAUUAUGGUGAUGAGGAUGAGGAUGAUGAUGAUGGAGGAUCGGACGAAGAGGCAUCACAGGGUCAAAAUGAUUGUGAUGAUGAUGAUGAUGACAACGACGACAGUGGAUCGGACUAUGAGGAUGAUGAUUAUGACUUAUACUGACUUCUUGAAGAUAAAAGAUUGGUAAGCAGGUGGUAGAGGAGUGGUAGAUGAGAGGAUGAUGAUCAUCAUCAUCCUCUGCAUUGACGGAUCCAAGGAGUGUCAAGGUGACAAAGGAGACUUGGCACCCAUAAUUUGUUACAAUAUAGUACAUUUAAUUCAAUAAUAUUAAUUUGAUUAUUAAGUGACAUUCUGCCAUUCUAAAUGGCCUUAAUUAAUAAAAAAAUGCAAUUAAUUUCUUCAUAUAUAUAACAUCUAUGUGAUUUAAUGAGUUUCAAAAUGUAAUGUAUACUACUGCAUGUAUUCUACAUACUGUUCUAUUUCAGAAUUACUUUAUCAAAGGCUACUGUUUUUUUCUUGUCCAAAAAAAUUAAAUAAUUGACAAAUGAACGACAUCCAGGCAAUCA